AUGACGGACGCCCACUCAACCCUCACUCGGGCUACGACCGCGAGUCGUAAGUCGACGAUUGCUAGCCGAAAUGCUUCCCUGAUCAAAAAAAACACGGGCCCGCUUGAGCUGCGCCCUUCGGACAUCUUGAUCGAGCGUUUCACUGGCUGGAAGAAUAUCGUCAAGAUGCUCAUCUCGUACUUUGAGGGCAUCUCUGAUAUCGAGUACAACACGGCCAAGGAAAUGACCAAGCUUGGUGGCGUCAUCCAGGUGCCAUUCCGCGAGGGCAACCAGUUCCUCGGCGAGGACGGUCUCCAGGACAUCUUCUACAGCAUUCGCGAGAAGACCCGCACCAUUUCUGACCACCACGCUAACCUUGCCAAGACGGUGGAAGGCUCGAUUGUCCAGCACCUGCACAAGUUGCGCCAGGAGAUCAAGGCGCACAUUGCCAACGUGCAGCAGGACACGGGUAAGCUCGCCAACAUGGUGGCUCGUGAGCGUGAGGUGUCGACGAAGAUGAUCUCUGACCUCGCCCGCUCGAUCACGCUGCUGAAGAACACGCCUAUGAGCGUGAGCCCCCGCGAGGACCCGUACACGGCCAACCAGGCUGUGUCGAUCCAGCUCCAGCGCCAGGUCAAUGAGGAGAAUGCUCUGCAGAAGAGCAUCAUCAUCAUGCAGCAGAACUCGGCUCACUUUGAAGAGGCCGUUGUACGCAGCAUCCAGAGCGCCUGGCAGACCUUUGACGAAUGGAGCGGCCGCAUGUCGGCUCAGGUCCAGGACACCUGGCUCGGUCUCGGUGUGCACAUGCGCAGCCUGGAGCCCAACGCUGAGUGGAUCGCCUUUGCCUCGCGCUCGGAUCACCUGCUCGACCCUGACACGCCUCUGCGCAACCCUGAGACGAUCGACUACCCAGGCAAGGAGGACCCCUCGGUCAUUCCUGUGCACCAGGGCAUGCUCGAGCGCAAGAAGCGCUUCACGAACGCUUACAAGGAGUCGUUCUACGUGCUCACGCCUGCCGGUUACCUCCACGAGCACGGCUCGUCUGACCCGAUCCGCCACCCUGUGCCGGAGCUCUCGCUCUUCCUGCCGGAGUGCACGCUGGGUGCUCCCUCGACGGCGGCUGCCUCGACGCACAAGUUCCACAUUGAGGGCCGCACUGGCCAGCAGGCCAACAUGUUCGGCACGAACGUGGCCUACACGUUCCGUGCUCGCAGCCACGACGAGAUGAUGGAGUGGUGGAACGACAUCAAGCAGCUCUCGAAGGUCUACCUCACGACCAGCGAGCAGAUGGACCGCUCGGGUCCUGUGCCCGCCGCUGUGCGUGCCGCUGGCUACCGUGAUGAGGACGAGGAGGAGCUGGAAGACGACGAGGAAGAGGUCGAGGAGGAAGAUGAGGAGUACGACGAGGGCGAGUACAUCACGACCCACCACCACUUUGGUGCGGCUCCGGCCAUUCCAUCCACGGUUACGUCGGCGGCGCCUGUCACCGUGCUGGACGACUUGAGGCGUCACGAGCAGGUGCCGCUCUACUCGGGUCCUGCGCAGGGCUCGAACAUUGAGAUGGGUGCCAAUGGCUACGCUCUCGAGAAGAAGCCCCAGCCAGCUGAGCCCUCCACGGCCGACCGCGCCGAGGAGGUGGCUCACAUCUCGUCGUAA